AUGGUUGCAAGACUGUCAAGUCAUCACCAUAGAUUUUCUCGUGUAUGCAGUAGCCGUAACCCGGAGGUUCUAUGGGCUCAGCGUUCUGAUAAGCUUUAUCUCACUGUUGCUUUACCUGAUGCCAAAGAUAUUUCUGUCAAGUGUGAACCUCACGGGGUUUUCAGCUUCUCAGCGAAGGGGCUGCACGGCGCAUCUUUUGACUUCACUUUGGAACUCUUCGGGUCCAUAGUGCCUCAGGGCUGUAAAACUAAGGUUGGUUUGAGGAACAUCAUUUUCUCUGUACAAAAAGAACAAAAAGGGUGGUGGAAAAGACUGCUGAAAACAGAAGAAAAACCUGCUCCAUACUUGAAGGUUGAUUGGAGCAAAUGGUGUGAUGAGGAUGAGUCAGACUGUAAGUUCUUACAUAUAUCACAUAUGCUUUACUUAGGCAUGUAGAUGGAAUAUACAAAAAGGAGGAAACCCCAAUUCUAAACCAAGUUAGAUAAGAGCUUGUGAAAGGAGAAAA